GCCGGCAGCAGUGGUGGGCGGGGCAGGGCAGGGCAGAAUAUUGGCAGAGGCGGGCAACCGGCUUCCUUCGCGCUGCGCCCCCAACCCUGUCACACCCCUUCUGUGCCAGGGUCCCUCGGCUUCGCCCCGGCGCCCAGGUCUUAUUGCCCGUCCCGGAAGUGAGCUCGCGCCCUGCGGUUCCAGCUCCUGGGCGGCGAUCGUCGCCACGGUGGCGGCUACUGCAUCUCGUCCCACCUCCGCGGCCCUCGGCGCCGUGGUGUCGGCGACCCCAGAGCCUAUGACGGGCCAGGGCCAGUCGGCGUCCGGGUCGUCGGCGUGGAGCACAGUCUUCCGCCAUGUCCGGUAUGAGAACCUGGUAGCGGGCGUGAGUGGAGGGGUAUUGUCCAACCUCGCGCUGCACCCGCUCGACCUGGUGAAGAUCCGCUUCGCCGUGAGUGAUGGGUUGGAACUGAGACCGAAAUAUAAAGGAAUUUUGCAUUGCUUGACUACCAUUUGGAAACUUAAUGGACUACGGGGACUUUAUCAAGGAGUAACUCCAAAUGUCUGGGGUGCAGGCUUAUCCUGGGGACUCUACUUUUUCUUUUACAAUGCAAUCAAAUCAUAUAAGACUGAGGGAAGAGCUGAACGUUUAGAGGCAACAGAAUACCUUAUCUCAGCUGCUGAAGCUGGAGCCAUGACCCUCUGCAUUACAAACCCAUUAUGGGUAACAAAAACUCGCCUGAUGUUACAGUAUGAUGGUGUUGUUAAUUCCCCACAGCAGCAAUAUAAAGGAAUGUUUGAUACACUUGUGAAAAUAUAUAAAUAUGAAGGUGUACGUGGAUUGUAUAAGGGAUUUAUUCCUGGGCUGUUUGGAACAUCCCAUGGUGCCCUUCAGUUUAUGGCAUAUGAACUGUUGAAGUUGAAGUAUAACCAGCAUAUCAAUAGAUUACCAGAAGCACAGUUGAGUACAGUAGAAUAUAUAUCUGUUGCAGCACUAUCCAAAAUAUUUGCUGUAGCAGCAACAUACCCAUAUCAAGUUGUGAGAGCUCGUCUUCAGGAUCAACACAUGUGUUACAAUGGCGUAAUGGAUGUUAUCGCAAAGACAUGGAGGAAAGAAGGCAUCGGUGGAUUUUACAAAGGAAUUGCCCCCAAUUUGAUUAGAGUGACUCCUGCCUGCUGUAUUACCUUUGUGGUAUAUGAAAAUGUCUCACAUUUUUUACUUGACCUGAGAGAAAAGAGAAAGUAAGCUAAAAGAAAAUAAUUCCAAUGUAUCUGCUCAAGGUGGCCACAAGGUUUUUUAUGUUUAAGGUGUAAACUCUGAAGAAUGCUGCAUAGUAACAUGGCUUAUAAUCAAAAUUAGUCCAUAAUUGUUAGAAGUCUAAGAACUGCCAAGGCUUCACGAUGUUUUUCUGCUUUUUGCCUUCCCC